GAACGGGGUGAGUAUUUAAGCUCAUUCGGCCAUAUCUAGUAUAGAAACUUACAUAUAUGGUCACGCUGGUUGUUGAACCAAUCCUUUCAAUCUUGACAUUGGUUUUAUCGACUUUGCAGGUGUUGGACGAUGGUACCAUGUUAAAGCGCUGUCGCAGACAAAUCAAACGUUUAAAACACGAGUUAGAGCAGACUAAAGGACGAGAAGAAUCACUUCAAAGAGAGAUGGAACUCCAGAUGGAGAAGGAGAAAAUUCAACAAGAACUUGAAGAACAGCGAAAGAUUGCUGAGGAGACCAAAAUCAAGCUUAUGAAAGUCACAAACAUCCUGUGUACUUCGAAAUCAAACGAAAAUGAUGUAAAACAACGUAAGCAACGUCGUUGGACCGUUUGCCCGUCGGGCAUACUUCAUAAGCCGUUAAUGACGAUGAAUUUUCCAUUCGAAAGAAAGUUUGUCGAGCCAUGUAGGAGACUGGAGCAGACUUUUGCAUGUAGCCCUGAUUUUAACAUGGACAAUCGUCGGAGAUUGUUAGAGGAAAUUCAAGAGAAGGAAGUGGAAGUAAAUGCUGUCCCUGUAGCAAUGAGCGCCAUUUCUUGCUCUGUAAUUGAAACGAAACGAUCAUCUGCCGAGAAUGAUGAAAAAGAAAUCUCAAGUUUGCAAGAUGAGGUGAAAAAAUGCAAAGAGGAGAAAAGGAAACUGCUUAAUGAAGUCGAACAACAUGAUGAAAAGAUUAAAUUGUUGCAAAUAAAGGAAAUUGGUAGUUUGGAUAAAGAUGUUGUUAAGGAAGACGUGGAAGAUUUGCUGAAGAAAAGUGACAUUCGCUGUGAAGUAACUGAAAGAAAAAUGGGCGAAGAAAUUGAAGUCUUAAAAGACAGUCUUGCAGCUGUUAUUUCGGAAAAGGAAAAUAUGGUAAUUGAAAAUAAAAAACUUUCAAUCGAAAUUGAAUCGUGUAAAUCGGAGAUGCGUCUGUUGAAGGAAACGUUAGCGUCAAGUGAGUGCAUGUUGAAAGACAGCGAAGCUCGUGCGCUUAAACUCGAAGCAGAAUGCGAGAAGAAAUUGAAAGAAAAGGAAAAUUUAAGCAGCGAUUUAUCUGAAAUGACCACGGAGCUUAUUCAAAAGCAAUCCGACAUCGAAGAUCUUAUAUCUAGUAUAUCUAGUGGGGUAAGACUUGAGGAAGAUUUACUUAAAACUACUAUAAACUAUGAGCAGACCACAGCAGUGCUGAAGGAAACAAUGAAAACUUUACAAGAUGCGCAACUAACUUUAGAAGAGAUGACCAAAGCACUUCAAAGAUUAGAAGGAAUUUUAAAAACUGCAGAUAGUUGUUCAGACGAGAAGGAGACGUUUCUGUUAAAUUUGAAAGAAAAGGAUGCGCUCAUAGACGAGAAAUCAUCUUUAAUUAUAAAACAGACUGCGGAGUUAGAAACGUUGGUGGAAUCAAAAAAGGAGUUGAUCAAAAAACAUGAACUCAGCGAACAACGGUUGAAAGAAGAGUUUGACAAUCAGAUCGAAUUCAUUCGCGAAGCAGUGAACGAGAAAGAAAAAGAGUUGAGUCGUGUUCAGAGGGAUGAAGUGAACGCGCUUUUGUUGAAAUUACAAGGCAAACAAGAGGAAGACGAGAGUAACGAGAGAGAAAGAAUGCGUCUGAACAAAUUGAUCGAAGAAAACACGUCGCAAAUUUGCGAACUUAAAGACUGUGUUGCAGAGAAGACCCAAAAGCACGAGGAUAUUAUAAAUGAAAAUGUGAAGUUGAAUGAACGAAUCACGCAAAUGGAGUCGGUGAUGGAAAGUUUGAACGACGAUUUGAAGGUAAAAGAGUCACGUAUAGUUGUUUUGGAAUCAAAAUUGAAGACGGAAAUUGGCAGUGCUGGUGAGUCUGAUGCGACGGACGAGAAAGAUACACUCGUGGCGGAAAAGGAUGAGCUUCAGAUAGAGUUGCUUCGUGUACAAAACGAAUUAGUUUGCGUAAGGGAGGAGUUGCGUUCGAAAAAUGAAGAUGUUAUCGAAAGCAUGAAUAGCAAACAUAGAAUUGAAGUUGAUGAGCUGAAUAAUCUGAUUUGUGUCUUGAAAAAAGAUUUGGAAAGCAUAACCUUGCAGAAGGGUGAUGUCGAGAAAGAACUGGUGUUGAGUCGUCAAAAAAAGGAGCUGUUGAACGAAAUUAAUGAACGAGAAACUUCUGAUGCUGUUGAUGAAAAUGAGAUGAAAAAUGAUGGCUUGGAGACUCAGUCAAAAGAGGUUUCAUGUCCAAUGUGCCGCGCGCUUGAUAAGGCUGGGACCGAGCGAUGGGAUAGUGAAAUAUUCAAAGCGAUACUCGUCGAUUUCAAAGAAGAGAUGGGAACAGACGUUGUUGCAAAGGAUAAGCUUGUGGAGGAGUUAAGACAUGCGUUGAUCGCUGAUCAAGAUGUAUUGGAGCAAAAGCAGUUCGUUUUGGACGAGAAGGAGAUAGAAAUACUCGCAAAGGACGAAGCUAUUGCUCGACUGGAAACGGAAAAUGCUGACUUGAUCAAAAAAUAUGAAUUAAUCCUAGCUGAUUCCAAUGAUCAAAUAACCUGUUUUAAACAAAAAGUCAGUGAUGAAAAACGUCGUCUUUCGUUAUCUGAUGUCAUCGACUUUGAAAAAGUGAUAUGUGAAAAUGCACAUUUGCGUGCCAGUGAAGAGAAAUUGACAAAAGAGAUUGCUCUACUUGAACAGAAACGCCGAGAAAAUGAAAAACUGAACUGCGAAAAUCUAAAACUGAACACUGGUUUAAAGGAAUUCGAAGAUUUGAAGAUGAAAUGCGCAGUUUUGAAGACGAGACCAAAGAACUUAAAAUGCAGUUAA